ACCCCGACUCACUAGUCCUUUGCGCACUCCAGCCCUUUGCGGCAAUUAGUGAAAGGGUUGGUAGACUCGUUAGAAACAUUCCAACUAUCACUUCAAGUUUUGUGCCAAGCCAGGAAUAUCAAGAUGCAGCGCAUAGUAGGUCCGCGCGCAAUCCGUUCUGUGUACAGGCCUCUCAAGCCUCUUGGCAUUGUGUCGUUGAACUCUCCUAGAGCUCUCUCAAUCUUGCACCAGGACACAACAAACUUAAAACCAGUGAAGCAACCAGUCUCGACAGCUGCAAGCACAGGUGGCAACAGCAGACAUGACACAAAAAGAUGUGAGAGCACUCUCAUCAAGCCCGGUCAGACAGGCUGGGCCCUUCCUGUGGAUCUUUCAACCACAUCGCGACGAAUCGAAUCGUGCAAGGGAAAGGUCGCAGUUGUGACAGGAGGCGCGAGAGGCAUCGGAGCGCAGAUUGCCCUUGGCCUGGCCGAGGCGGGCGCCAUCCCGGUCAUCUUCGACAUCCUGGACGAGCCUAUCGCUGCGGAAUUUGCGCCAAUUGUCCAAGCAUGUCAACAGACCAAGUACUACCGCACCGAUGUCUCAUCUGUUGAGUCUGUCAGCGCCUCGUACAAAGCCGUCAUCGCGGACUUCAAACGCGUCGACAUAUGCGUCGCUGCUGCUGGCCUUAUCAGGGAGACACCGUUCAUAGACGUGCCUCCCGCCGAGCUGGCGCUACAGACUAACGUCAAUGUGUUCGGCGUCUUCAACACUGUGCAGCAGGCGGCCAAUAUAAUGAUCCAGCAAGGAACUGGCGGGUCCGUGCUCGUCAUCGCAUCGAUCGCGUCGCACCGUUCGCUGCCAGACCAGCCGGCCAGCGUGUACGUCAUGACCAAGUACGCAGUCCGGGGCCUGGUCAAGCAGGUGGCGGUCGAGCUAGGGAAGUACGGUAUCAGAGUGAACUCGAUAUCGCCUGGCUAUGUGCAAACUAAGCUUGCGCUCGACAUUGCGACGCCGGAGAAGCUCGAGAAUUGGAAUGCGGCGUCGGCUUUGGGCCGUAUGGAGAGACCUGAUGAGUUGAAGUCUCCCGCAGUAUUCCUUUGCAGCAACCCAAUCCCGGGAGCCAUAUUCAGCGGCGCGCUGGCAAAGAAUGUCCAUCUGCGUUUCUCUGCACAGGUCUUUGCCAGUUCCUCCAAGUCCCACAGCUUCCCGACUAUCAAUCCCAACAUUGCCAAUAAGUAUUCGUGCAGCAUGGGGGUUGACGGCGGCCAUGCUUCAUAG